AUGUAAUCGGGGAGGUGGACGAGAGUGGGCCGAUCCAAAUCGCGUAUUUCGCCAUCGCGACACCUUUUUUUUAGUUUUAGCGUGCCGUGCCAUUCUCUUGCCUUCUACCAUUCCCCCCCUUAUCUCUCCCCCACUGUCCUCCAAGAGAAACCCCAGGAUAAUCAGACAAUGUGAUAGAAUUGCACUAUGUCGUGAUACAACCCGAUCGAUUCAUCUACAACGACCCUCCCUUGCCAUGGACUCCUCCAUUUCCCACGAGCUGUCAAAGCUCGACCCCGCGGUCCCGUUCCGCGCAACCGCCGACCACCUGCAUCAUACUUGGGCCAAGACCUUCUUCUCUCGACCAGAGCUCUAUGUUCGCCCUCAAUCCAUUGCGGAAGUCCAGCAGCUAGUCACCCUUGCCCGCCGCUGUCGCCGCCGCCUAGUGACCGUCGGUAGUGGCCACUCCCCGUCCGAUCUGACCUGUACCUCGUCCUGGCUCGUCAACCUCGAUGAUUUCAAUCGCAUCCUGCAUGUCGAUACCGAGACUCGCUUGGUCACCGUUGAGGCUGGCAUUCGCUUAUACGAGUUGGGUCCGAGGCUGGAGGAGCAAGGCUUGACGCUGGAAAACCUGGGCAGCAUUGACAGUCAGUCAAUAGCGGGUGUCAUUGCCACCGGCACCCAUGGCAGCUCCUUGCGCCAUGGCCUGCUCUCGGAGUGUAUCGAAUCGCUAGGCCUAGUGCUAUCGAACGGCCAGCUGGUGCGCUGCAGCGCUACCAACAACUCGGAUCUCUUCCGUGCCGCGCUGGUUUCUUUGGGCGCGCUCGGAAUCGUGGUCGAAGUGACCCUCAGGGCCAGGCCUGCAUUCAACAUCGCUUGGCGCCAGGAGAGAUACUCUCUGUCCAAGGUGUUGAGUGAGUGGUCCACUGGACUAUGGACAUCGCACGAGUUUGUCCGCGUCUGGUGGCUACCCUAUGAGAAGGGCGCGAUCGUCUGGCGCGCGGAUCCGACCGACCAGCCUCUUCGCGCACCUCCCAAGAAUUUCUAUGGCGAGUGGUUCGGUUACCACGUUUACCACAACCUCCUUGCGCUGUCCUCCUACGUUCCCCGUAUUCUCCCCUGGGUCGAGUGGUUCAUCUUCGGCCUGCAGUAUGGGUUCCGUCCGGGAGCAACCGUUACCGAGGCUGUCGAGCCGGCACGCGCCGGUUUGCUGAUGAACUGCCUAUACUCGCAAUUCGUCAACGAGUGGGCGCUGCCCCUAGAGAAAGGUCCCGAGGCCAUCAUCCGCCUCUCUGCGUGGCUCCACGGGGAUCUUCAGACCGCGCGCAUUCCCUUCUCCCCUAAAGGUCUCUGGGUGCACUGCCCAAUCGAGGUGCGAGUGUCGGACUCGAGCAAGAAUUCCAACCCACGUCCUUUCCUGGAUCCAACGUGUCGCGACGAGCCUACGCUCUACCUAAAUGCAACUUUGUACCGGCCGUAUUUCCGAGAUCCGCCUUGUCGUCAGCGGUACUAUGAGGCCUUCGAGUGGCUCAUGCGGGACAUGGGCGCUAAACCCCACUGGGCGAAGAACUUUACCACCCUGGAUUCUACCGAGCUGCACCGGCUAUACAAGGAUGAUAUGGAUCAGUGGCUGAAAGUGCGGCAAGAGGUUGAUCCGGAAGGCAUGUUCUUGGGUGAAUGGCAUUGUCGUAACUUGCCCGUAGUCGGUCCCUCCGAGCACGAUGACCAGCUCCCUCUGGCGGAGCGUGAGAGCCAACGUUGCAAGGCGGACAUCAGCGGUGCUGGUGAUGGCCUCGAGUGGAUCGGCGAACGUCGGUGGCAGAGUCAAACUCAUUCGGAGGAGGAUCACGCGUCUGAGCUGCUACACGACCAUUCAGCGCCUAGUCCACCAACCACAGCGACUAGCGAGGAAAGCUUUGAUCUGCUUGCAAAGGGUGAAGCCAGCAUUUUGAUUCAUGGUGCGUGAUUUGCUUAUGCUAGAUCGACCGACAUUGUCGAGGGUUCAAGCAUACAAGGCCCUGUGGUUAGUCGGGUGAAUACGCCGAGCAGUGGUGUACCUGGCAGUGAGAAGGGUGGAAGAAAUGACAAAUGAAAAACGCAAGAACUGAUUCAACUAUUACGCCGUUUUGAGACGGACUACAUCAAUUUCCCGUUGGCCUGGCCUAUGAGAUGCCCGCUUGGCUGUUUCUUAAUGCAGGUUGGACACAUUGUCACGUCCUCUUUUACUUUUUUCUUUCUCUGCUAGCGGCCAAUGUGACAGAUUGGGCUUUGAAAAUUGAGCCAGACUUGGAUCCACUGCUCCUUUAAAUGCCUUUGAUGCCUCUGCCCCCUCACUAUCAGGGGAGAGGGUUGAUUUAGAUCUGGUCCUGAUAUAGAAUUCGUGCUCUGCACGUAUAGCUCCUCCCCCUCUCAUAAAAUCGUUUAGAAAAUACAAACUUAGAUCGGCC